AUGACUGAGCCCUCAUCAGGAGACGAGUUUGAAUCCGGUCCUCCAAGCCAUGGCGAUGUCGCAACCUCUGAGCAAGAUGCAGUGACCUCCUUGGUGCAGUACCAGCCGAGGCUCGACAUUGAUUUGCUUGCAGAAGAACAGCUGGUCUCAGAUUUAGCCGAGAUUGAUAUCAUGAAUAUACCUCACGAUGCUAUCGGAGCCUCAACGACGCUGUGGCCUGCCAAAAAUACAUUGCCCCCCAAGAGUGGCAAUCGUUUUAACCCUUCCGCCCUAAAGCUGCUAAAGAGAUGGUUCGCGAAUCAUGAAGAUUACCCGUACCCAACAAGCGAUGAUAUACAACAGCUUGAGGCUCACACUGGCCUCAGUCAGAAGCAGAUACAAAACUGGUUCUCUAAUAUGCGACGACGCUCCAAGGUUCGACGAUCGUUAUUAUUCUCAUCGAAUUCUUACAGAACCUCCGAUCCAAUAACGACUCAGAGAUUUUCUGUUGACAUACCUCCAAGGCCGCCGACGCCUACACCUUUUGGAAAUAUGAAUCCACUUCAACGAUGGGAGAGCUCUCCGCCCGAACACGAAGCAGCUGCAGCUUCUGACAUCUCACGUGCCAUCGCCGCUUGCUCUGCAGACUCCGUCGCCUACAGCUCUCGGAACUCGGCAACAUUCUCGGGCAACACAUCCUUGGACGGAAGUGACGGAACUUCAUAUUCAAGCCUAGGCUCUGGCUCCGGCUCAUCGGCCUAUUCUUUCGGUGGGCGCACUUCACUCUGCUCUCAAGAUCCUCUCAAGCACAUGGUUCGGCGCAGAAGAAGGCGAACCAGUGCCAGAAGAGAUGAAAAUUUUAGAGUCGGGCUUCCACAGCUGUCACGGCCCCUCAAAACGUUCCAGUGCACGUUCUGCACUGAAACUUUCAAAACCAAGUUCGACUGGCAUCGACACGAAAAGUCACUACACUUAUCUUUCGAGAAAUGGAUUUGCUCGAGGGGUGGGUCAGUAGUACCCGAUACCAACAGAGGGACACUGUGUACUUUUUGUGGAGAAGCCAGUCCGAAUGAACAACAUCUCCGAGAUCACAAUGCGAUUGAAUGUUCAGAAAGACCUGUUGGAGAACGGACUUUCUAUCGAAAAGACCAUCUUCGGCAACACUUGAGGCUGGUACAUGCCGUAGACUAUUCAGAAGAGCUAAUGAAAACUUGGAAUAUCAGCAAGGAAGAUAUCAAGUCGCGGUGCGGAUUUUGUGGUAUCUCCAUGACAUCGUGGAUAUAUCGUGCGAACCACUUGGGCCAACACUUCAAGACAGGGAAAACAAUGGCUGAUUGGGAGGGCGAUUGGGGCUUUGAUGAUCAUGUGUUGGAAAUCGUUGAAAAUGCCAUGCCUCCCUACCUCAUUCAUUUCGAGCAAGCCUCGCCUCUCCCCUUUUCUGCGGUGCAAGGACCUACCGAGACGCCGACCAGUCCAUAUGAGCUUCUUAAGUUAGAGCUUGAGUACUAUAUGCAAAAUCAAUUUGAUAGUGACGGUAGUCUGCCCUCUGACCCAGAACUUCAACAUGAGGCUUGUUCCAUCAUCCUUGCAGCGGAAAUAUCAUCGCCUGUUCCUGCCCAGGCAGCACCAUCCUGGCUUCGGGAUGUAUUCAUGUCCUCAGAUGAACCUACAAAGGGGGCUUGCUUGCGCCCAGUCAAUCAUUGUAUGGUGCGAGUAAGCCAGCUAAGCAUCAAUGGGAAAAACAAUAUAUUUGAGAAUUGCAACCUGGAGCUCGAGUUGCGCAAUUUUAUCAUUAUGCACCAGACUCUGGGCCUCACCUUGUCAGACUCAGAAAUACAAGAAAAAGCUUGCAAUAUCAUCAGUCAUGCAGAUGCCAGAUUCUUGGAUGAAUCCAAACGGUUCAUGGAUUUCAUGGUACGGCUUAUUUGGGGCUCUGUGAACUGGAUUACCUUUCUGCUUGAAAGAGCAGGGCAGCAGGCUGCCGACGCCAUGGAUAACGCCAACCAGAAUUCCAUCCUUACCUUUCCUGAACUGGACCCAGGUCCUGUGUAUUUGCCAAGCACGGGGUGCUCAGAAGCCAUGGAGACAAUUGGAAGCCCAAUAUACCCAGCCUUCACACUCAAUAGCACUCGCGACACGAUGGGUGAGAUUCUUGAACUCCCGACAUUGCCGACAGAUGCAUUCGUAGGGACGGCGCAUGGUUCAGGCGGCAAUGGAACUGGGCUCACUUCCGAUCUCUCCCUUCCAGUUACUAGCCAAACUAGCUUACUGGGCACAGCGGAUGUCGCAUCUGGCUUCGAUGUUGUCCCGAAUCCGACAUGUAAAAGUGGUUUAGCGAGACUACUUGGAAACGCUGAUAGCAUAACGACGGAUCGACUCGCUGAUCCAGUAUAUACUACACUGAACAUACAGCAACGUACAAGGACAUCAUCAGGGCGAGUACACUUUCACAAUGGCGGUAACUCGUACCUGGCUCUUGUGAAAGACCUAUCCAUCUUCGCCAAAAGAGCAAUGUCGAUCCGCAAUCCCAACCGCCACAUUCCCACUGAUGAUGAGAUCAAAUACCAAGCGCGUUGGAUAUGGUACGAAGAUGACGAUCCGUGGAAUCAGACGCCAGCAGAUAACGAACAAUGGUUGCGAGAGUUUAAGCAUAACGAGGGUAUACCUGGCGUCAACGAAGAGUAG